GCCAGCCAGCCAGCAGCUCCCGCGCUUGCUUGGAUGCGCCCCGGACGCAGCCCUCGCCCGCUGCGCCCCGCGGGAAGAGCGCCCUGCCGGCCGGGACAUGUCGGUGUCGGAGCUCUACACCAAGUAUACGAGGGUUUGGAUUCCUGACCCAGAGGAAGUAUGGAAAUCAGCCGAAAUCAUCAAAGACUACAAAGAGGGAGAUAAAACUCUACACCUGAAACUUGAAGAUGAAACGGUUCUGGAAUAUCCUAUUAAUCCCGAAGCCAACGAGCUUCCCUUCUUGCGAAAUCCAGACAUUUUGGUUGGAGAGAAUGACCUGACAGCAUUAAGUUAUCUCCAUGAACCAGCAGUCUUGCACAACCUAAAAGUCCGAUUUUUGGAAUCAAACCAUAUCUAUACCUACUGUGGUAUUGUGCUUGUUGCCAUUAAUCCCUAUGAACAAUUGCCAAUCUAUGGACAAGAUGUCAUUUAUGCAUACAGUGGCCAAAACAUGGGAGAUAUGGAUCCUCAUAUCUUCGCUGUGGCAGAAGAAGCCUAUAAGCAGAUGGCCAGGGAUGAAAAAAACCAGUCCAUAAUUGUUAGCGGAGAGUCCGGCGCUGGGAAAACAGUCUCUGCCAAAUACGCGAUGCGCUUCUUUGCAUCUGUUGGAGGUUCCUCCAGUGAAACCAAUAUUGAAGAGAAGGUCUUGGCAUCCAGUCCCAUCAUGGAGUCGAUUGGCAAUGCUAAAACAACAAGAAACGACAACAGUAGUCGCUUUGGGAAAUAUAUUCAGAUCGGCUUUGAUAAAAGAUAUCAUAUCAUCGGUGCCAACAUGAGGACGUAUCUGCUGGAGAAAUCAAGAGUUGUAUUCCAGGCAGAAGAUGAGCGGAACUAUCACAUCUUCUAUCAACUCUGUGCCUCUUCUGGGCUUCCCGAAUUUAAAGAUCUCUCACUGACAUGCGCGGAAGACUUUUUCUACACAGCCCAAGGAGGAGACACCUCUAUUGAUGGAGUGGAUGACGCCAGUGAUUUUGAGAAAACCAGGCAGGCUUUCACCCUGCUCGGAGUGAAGGAAUCCCAUCAGAUGGCCAUUUUUAAGAUACUGGCUGCCAUCUUACACCUCGGCAACGUGGACGUUCAACCAGAACGUGAUGGAGAGUCCUGCACGAUACUGAAACAAGAUGAACACCUGCAUAAUUUUUGCAGAUUGCUGGGCGUGGAGCACAGCCAGAUGGAGCAUUGGCUUUGCCAUCGGAAGCUGGUCACCACUUCGGAGACCUACAUCAAGACCAUGUCCGCCCAGCAAGCGGUGAACGCCAGGAACGCGCUGGCCAAGCACAUUUAUGCCCAGCUGUUCAACUGGAUUGUGCAGCACAUCAACAAAGCCCUGUACACCACGGUCAAGCAACACUCCUUCAUUGGGGUGCUGGACAUUUACGGAUUUGAAACCUUCGAAGUCAAUAGCUUUGAACAGUUCUGCAUCAACUACGCCAACGAGAAACUUCAACAGCAGUUCAACUUGCAUGUGUUUAAAUUGGAGCAAGAGGAAUACAUGAAAGAGCAAAUCCCUUGGACCCUCAUUGACUUUUAUGACAACCAGCCGUGCAUAGACCUCAUAGAAGCUAAGCUGGGUAUCUUUGACUUGCUGGACGAAGAAUGUAAGGUCCCAAAGGGAACAGAUGAGAACUGGGCACAGAAACUGUACGAUCGACAUGGCGGCAGCCAGCACUUCCAGAAGCCCCGCAUGUCAAACACCUCCUUCAUUGUUGUGCAUUUUGCAGAUAAGGUAGAGUACCAGUGCGAUGGAUUUCUGGAAAAAAACAGAGAUACUGUGCAUGAAGAACAGAUCAAUAUCUUGAAAGCUAGCAAGUAUCCGAUGGUCGCUGACUUGUUUCAUGAUGGAAAGGAAGGAAAGGCAGGCGCUGCCGCUGGGAAGGGGGCUUCCUCAAAAGUCAAUAUUCGCUCUGCCCGCCCAGCUGUGAAAGCAGCCAACAAGGAGCAUAAGAAGACCGUCGGGCACCAGUUCCGUAACUCUUUGCAUUUGCUCAUGGAAACCCUGAAUGCCACGACUCCGCAUUACGUACGCUGCAUCAAACCCAACGAUGAGAAACUUCCCUUCAGCUUUGAUCCAAAGAGAGCGGUGCAGCAGCUGAGAGCCUGUGGAGUAUUGGAGACGAUCCGCAUCAGUGCAGCCGGCUACCCGUCCAGGUGGACCUACCACGACUUCUUCAACAGGUACCGAGUGCUCAUGAAGAAAAGGGAUCUCUCCAAAAAGGCAGACAAGAAGGCGAUUUGUAAAACUGUGCUGGAGAACCUGAUUAAGGAUCCUGACAAGUUCCAGUUUGGGCGUACCAAGAUCUUUUUCCGUGCAGGCCAGGUGGCCUACUUGGAGAAACUGCGGGCAGACAAGUUCCGUGGCGCCACCAUCAUGAUACAGAAAACCGUGCGUGGCUGGUUGCAGAGGCUGAAGUACAAAAGGAUGAGAGAGGCAGCCAUACAAAUCCAGAGGCAUACCCGAGGGCACCUGGCCCGCAGAAUGGCAGAUCGUCUGAGGAAGACAAAAGCAGCCAUUAUUUUCCAGAAACAAUAUCGAAUGUUGAGGAUUCGCCGAGCCUACCAGAUGAUCCGUGGAGCCGCCAUCACGAUCCAGGCUUUCACUCGAGGAAUGUUUGUCCGAAGGAACUUUCAAAAGUUGCUUGCCGAGCACAAAGCCAUCGUCAUCCAGAAGCAUGCCCGGGCCUGGAUGGCUCGGAAGCAUUUCCUCAGGUUCAGAUGCGCCGCUGUGGUUGUCCAGUGCUACUUCAGGCGCAUGAAGGCCAGGCAGGAGCUGAAGGCCCUGAAGAUCGAGGCCCGGUCAGCAGAGCAUUUGAAGAGGCUCAACGUCGGCAUGGAGAACAAGGUCGUUCAGUUGCAGAGGAAGAUAGAUGAACAGAACAAAGAACACAAACUCCUGAAUGAGCAACUGUCCACAGCCGCCUCUGUUUACUCCUUGGAAGUAGAGAAGCUAAAGAAGGAACUCGAACGAUUUCAGCGGAAGAGCGGGGAUGGAAACCAGAUUGCGAGCUUGCAAGAAGAGAUUGACACGCUCCGGUUGGCCCUGGAGAAAGCUCACGGCGAACGGAAGAUUGUGGAAGACACCUACAUGAAAGAGAAAGAUGUACUCCAAAAGCGAAUAUCGGACUUGGAAGAAGAGAACACGUUACUGAAAGAGGAAAAAGAAGUGCUCAACAACAGCCUCUUGUGUCAGUCAGAAGAUGAAUUUGCACAAAAUGCUGCUGAGGAAAAUAUCUUGAUGAAGAAGGAGCUAGAAGAGGAGCGAGUCCGGUACCAGAACCUCGUGAAGGAAUAUUCAAGGCUAGAGCAGAGAUACGACAACUUGCGGGACGAGAUGACUGUAGUAAAGCAAACCCCAGGGCACAGAAGAAACCCAUCCAACCAAAGCAGCCUUGAAUCAGACUCCAAUUACCCAUCAAUUUCUACAUCUGAGGUUGGAGACACGGAAGAUGCGAUCCAGCAAGUGGAGGAGAUUGGUUUGGAGAAAGCAGCCAUGGACAUGACCCUGUUCUUGAAGCUGCAGAAAAGAGUGAGGGAACUUGAACAGGAGAGAAAGAAACUACAAACCCAGCUGGAGAAGAAAGAGAAUGAAAGCAAGAAAUCCCAGGUAAUUGAAAUGAAGAACGAAAUGGAUUUGGACCGCGAUACGGAUCUCGCAUACAACAGUCUGAAGAGGCAAGAGCUGGAAUCUGAGAACAAGAAACUGAAAAAUGAGCUUAACGAACUGAGGAAGGCUAUAGUGGACCGGGUUGCUCAGAACAAUUCCUCCAAUGACAUCCAGGACAGUUACAGCCUCCUCUUGAAUCAGCUCAAGUCAGCUAAUGAAGAGCUGGAAGUGCGGAAGGAAGAGGUGCUUAUUCUAAGGACGCAGAUUAUAAAGGCAGCCCAGCAAAAAGAUACAGGCAGAAAUAUGGAGUCAAACAUCAACAUGCAAACCAGCUGGCCAAACAGCGAUAAACAUGUGGAUCCAGAGGAUGCAAUAGAGGCCUAUCAUGGAGUAUGCCAAACAAACAGGCUCCUGGAGGCUCAGCUCCAGGAACAGCGAAGAGAGCAUGAAGAGGAAGUAGAAACCUUGAAGGACCAAGUGGAAACUUUGAGGGAAGAGAUGGGGAAGCAGCAGGAGAUCUUCUAUCAAACACUCCAACUCUCUCCGGAAGCCCAGGUGGAGUUUGGCAUCCAGCAAGAAAUCACGCGGCUGACAAAUGAAAAUCUGGACCUGAAAGAGCUACUAGAAAAACUAGAAAAGAAUGAAAGGAAACUGAAGAAACAGCUCAAGAUUUACAUGAAGAAAGUCCAAGAUUAUGAAGCAAACCAAGUUAGCGUUCAGACGGAAAAGCAGCGGCACGAACUCAUUAGGCAAGUCGCGGUCCAAAGGAAAGAGAAAGAGUUCCAAGGGAUGCUGGAGUACUACAAAGAAGACGAGCCGCUGCUCAUCCGAAAUCUUAUUACAGAUCUGAAGCCUCAGACAGUGUCUGCCACAGUGCCCUGUCUUCCUGCCUACAUCCUCUACAUGUGCAUCAGGCAUGCCGACUACAUCAACGAUGAUCAUAAAGUACACUCCUUGCUUACCUCCACCAUCAAUGGCAUUAAAAAAGUAUUAAAGAAGCAUCACGACGAUUUUGAGAUGACGUCGUUUUGGCUGUCCAACGCCUGUCGCCUCCUGCACUGUCUGAAGCAAUACAGCGGAGAUACGGGUUUCAUGACCCAAAACACCACCAAGCAAAACGAGCACUGUCUGAAGAACUUCGACCUCACUGAGUAUCGUCAGGUCCUGAGUGAUCUCUCCAUUCAGAUCUACCAGCAGCUCAUCAAAAUCGCAGAAGGCGUCUUGCAGCCCAUGAUAGUGACUGCGGUGCUGGAAAACGAGAGCAUCCAGGGAUUGUCGGGGGUGAAGCCGAUGGGCUACCGAAAGCGAUCCUCCAGCACGGGGGAGGGCGAUAAUACGUACAGCUUAGAAGCGAUCAUCCGCCAGCUGAACAUGUUUCAUGGCGUCAUGUGCGACCAGGGCCUCGAUCCGGAGAUCAUCCAGCAGGUGUUCAAGCAACUCUUCUACAUGAUCAACGCCGUGGCCUUGAACAACCUGCUGCUGAGAAAGGACGUCUGUUCGUGGAGCACAGGAAUGCAACUCAGGUUUAACAUCAGCCAACUAGAAGAAUGGCUACGAGGAAAGAACCUGCAACAGAGCGGGGCUGCUGAGACCGUGGAACCCCUGAUCCAGGCAGCGCAGCUCCUGCAGUUGAAAAAGAAAACCUCAGAAGAUGCGGAGGCCAUAUGUUCCUUGUGCACAUCCCUCACCACGCAACAGAUUGUAAAAAUACUCAAUCUCUACACUCCUGUGAAUGAGUUCGAAGAGCGAGUGACAGUAAGCUUCAUACGAAACAUUCAGGCACAUUUACAAGAACGGAACGAUCCUCCGCAACUACUUUUAGACUUCAAGUACAUGUUCCCCGUUUUGUUCCCAUUCAACCCUUCUUCUAUAACCAUGGACUCAAUUCACAUCCCGGCUUCGCUCAGCUUAGAGUUCCUGAAUAAAGUGUGAAGAAGACAAUCUUGAUUCCCAGCCCACCUCCAAGAGUUCAAGCAAAAAAGAAAAGUGGAAUCUAACGAUCUCUUCAUGUGCGGGACCAAACAAAUCGUUAAGAGAACCAAUACAUUUAAGUUUAUCAGUGCUAAAACUGUACAGCAUAAGAAACAACCUUGUAUUUGGGUUGGAUGCCUUUUUUGAUUCGUAUGGUAUUUUUUGAGGGGGUAGAUCUUGCAGCCAAGAACACUUGAAAUGAUGGGGGUUUUCUACUACUUGAUAUCGUUCUAAAAAUAAUGUUUCCCGCCUGCCAUAGAAGGUACUGGCUUUGGCAAGUGGAAAAUCCUAUUUUUGAUUUUCAUAGAAUUUCUCAAUUGCUGUUAUCUAUCUCUAAAAUAUCAGAAGGGAAGCCUAAAUGGUCAUAUAUCUUCAAACUGCUGAUGAUUAUGGGUUUUGCACAUAUCAGCGGCAUGCUCCACUUCGCCAUUGUGGCUGCUGUUAUACAUUGUUGGGUUCUUUUUAUUCUGAUUGGUUCGGGAAAUAAAAGCGGCAGUAGGUAGAAUAAAUACCCGUUUUAUAGCUUAAAUGGAAACAAAUUUGGUUUAGUUUUUUUUUUUUAAUUAAAAAAAAUAUUGUUGGCACAUGCACCUGGAAUUCCAGAAGGUGGCUCCCAUAAUUUGCUUAAUGUCUUUCUAAUAUCUUUCUGCCUCUGUACUAUACCCUGGGAUUGGCUGUUGGCAAAGUCCCAAUCCAUCAAUAGCAUAGAGGGUGAGCCAUAUUGUUCCCUAUAGAAAAUGGGAGGAAAAAGGAAGGAUGUAGAUCCACAGCACCAGCUUAAUUCCAUUAUUAUAAUUCCACUGUAGUCUACUGUAGGAAUAUUCAGACCAAUCCGGAAUCUAGUUCUGUAGCAUUUGAUGGCUAUACGUCUGUUUAAUCCCAGUAGCAUCUGUCGGAGUACAUUGGUUAACUGUGUGCAUGGGAGAGUAUAUAAACUGCGUUAUACCUCGCAAAAGAGGAUGACACUUUGCCAAAACAGUUGUUUGUAUGGAAAUCUACAAGCGGUGUGACUUCACCACUGAUAGAAGCCAAUCUGGCACUGCUUCCAUGCCUCAGUUGUGUGUCGUUGGUGGACCUGAUACUUGCCAGAUGGAUCUUCUGUUGGACUGGUUGAACAUCAGCGUGCAGCGCAUCUUCAGGCAACUUGCCAACUCUGGCAAGUUUCCAAAGCCAGCUAUGGGCGGCACUCCACUUCCUGCCGUAGAUGCAUAUACACAGUCAUACGAUGCCACAACAAAUUCAGUAGCUAAAUCUGGUUGAAACGGAGGCCUUUAUGGAGAACGGCACUUGCUGAGAUAAACUCAUAUGCUUGUUGGCUUUUGGAAGCAAACAAGAGUGGGGCAGAAAAUCAGCUUAUUCCCUAAAGCAGCUGUUACUAAACCCUGUAGAGGAUCAGCCCGCGCAUUCCCGUUGGGCAAGGACUAAGACAGCUUCAGUCCUUUUACGUUUACAGAAGAUUCUAAACGUUUAUGACCCAAAGGGGCAUUUUCAGAAUCUUAUUAAUGUAAAUAGUUCUCCCAUUCCCGUUAUGUGAGCAGUAAAAUACACCUGUAUCUAUCAACUGUUCUUCAAUUGCUCUGAAAAUCGUUAAGGUUUCCAAAGCCCGUCAGAAGGUGGCCCCUCUACGGAGUCUCAUCUAGCAGCAAAGAGACAAUUGAAGAAUUUAUUAUUUCAGAACGGUAGCAGGGGUAACCCCUUCAAGUAACUUGGCAGUAUGCUUAACAGCUGGCUAAUUUCAACCAGUUUUCUGUUACAGUCUUUAAAAAUACGGCCCUACCUAAAUACAUCUAUGCUUGCACCUCUGGCAGCAAUAGAUCUUUGACAAAGUGCGUGUGUCUUCUUUCACCCAGCCUUAUUUUAGUUGCUAUAAAUCAGCUUGCGAACCUGACUUCUCUGCUUUUAGAGUGGGAUGAAGCUUAAAUGAACUGAUCCUGCAACAUUUUGACCUGAUUCAUGAAAGGAUCUGGGGCGCUGGCCCAUUUUGAAGUAGAUAAUUAAUCUCAGGAGCCGCUUCUGUCUUUUCCAAGUUCAGCAGUUUGCUCUUAGGGGUGGUGCUGAUUCAGGCUGCAUUGUCUCGACACCCUACCUUCCUGAGACCCAAGAUACACAAACAAAACCCGUAAUUGCCCCAUAGGCAAAAAAAGAGCAUUUCUUUUAAUUCAGCACAUUUAAAUAAUGUGCAUUUAUGUGCUUCUGCAACACUUCAGCGCCUGAAUAUUGCUGUCAAGCAUAUGUUGGGAGCCAGAAAGGAAAGCUAUGAAGAACUACAAGGGGGAAAUGCAGUCUUUUAAAAAGAAGAUUGUGCAGCCCUUGACUUUCUUUAGUUAAUUAGCAGUGAAAUCAUAAGCUUUCCCCAGCCAAUAACUGGCAAAAUGGAGGCUGCAUCCAUUCCGCUCUACAGAUACUCUUGCCAUUUAAAUUUACUUUGAUGUGCCUUCAGCUUCCCCUGCAAUAACCUUGCCAAAGGCACCCAGUUCUCCUGGAGCUGCCCUCAGCCCAGUCACAGAUCUACCCCAAAUGGCACUCUCUCGUGCAAAGAAGAAGCCAGUUCUGAUGGCCAACUCUUGACUCCUUUCUCCUGCAGUUUUUCUCAUGCAUCAAGCACUACAUUUCUCAUGCACUUGAGCAAAGCCCUACAAACCUUGUACCUAGCAGGUACCUGCCUCUUUUGUUAAGAGAGUGGAGGGUUCUCUGGACCACAGCAUCUCUGCUGCUACUAAUCUUCACAAAGGACCCUCCCAGCUUUUUGUCUCCAGUCAAACUCCUUGUCCUCUCUGCCCUUGCCAAAUUCUUGUUUCUACUGCAGCUGCCUCUUUCCAGCAUGAUAUAGAAUCUUCCGUAGAAGUUAAAACUGCAGUUUGACAUUUUUUUUCUUUUGCCAACACAUCAUUAUUGUCCUUAAAAUAAUAUAAAAGCAGGGCCCUGUCUUAAUUAGCAGGUUGCAAGCCAUAUCCGCUACUGCAGUCUCCCCUGCGCAUUACGGCAGCUACCACCUCCUCAAGAAGAUCAGAUGUUGCUUUAAGGUGCUUCCACCUAGCACAAAGUUGGGCGAAUGCUAGUCGGCUUCGCUGUUUUGAUGCAAAAUUUAGCAUUGUCCUGUGCUCUGGAUAAACAACGGGCAAAGUAUUUGCACAUGUCCACAGCUGUUCACAAAGCUACUCUUGUUUCGGGAGGCAAACCUCUCUCGGUGUAUCUAAUUUUGUGACAUAUAAUGAUGUCCCCUAGGUGCAAAGUAAUCACUGCAGAAUUUCCAAAUGCAUCACUGAACAGUUCUAAUCAGGCAGGCUAAAUGAAAAGGGAGCUGCAGAAGCCACUUUUCCCGGGAUCUUAGAAAUCACAAAGUGUGGCUAAUGUUAUUCCAGAGUAUAAUGGUAUUUCACUACAUCACUGCAAAGAAGUUAAUUUAUAUGUAUUAUAUCUAUGUAUAUUUAAAAAGAAAUCUGAAACUGUUAGUAUAGAAAGGUAUAAGAACGGAGUAAAUAUUUAAUAUUUAACUGCAAAUUUUGAUUUCUUUUUUUCAGAGGAUGUCAUGUUAAAUAUCUUCAGUGACUGUGAUUUUUAUGUUAUCUGUUUUUAAGAUAUCUUGGGCUUUACUUUUUAAAAAGCCAAUUCACUUGUAUUGCCAUGCACAAAAUGCCUUCUUUCCUCUCUUGCUAAAUCUCACCCAUGUUAAUUUCAUUGAAAACAUUUUAGCACAGUUCAAAGAGA